AGUCUCGAAACGUCGGUAACAAUCACAUCUACAACGAUGUUGUCACAAGUCUUCACCCUCGCUCUCGUUGCGUUGUCUGCAGCUCAGCUCCACAAAGUCGAGCUAGCUGAUGAGAAGACACCUUACGAUUUUGUGAAAGAACGCUUGGACGCUAUCGGAACGGACCCGAAAUCUGGACUGCCUUUAUCUAAUAGUUAUGAAGUGGAAGAAAGUGAGGAUUACCCUGAGCAAAUAGAAGGAGCGGCGUCUACUGUUUUGAAUACUGUUACUGGUGUUGGUGGUGUGGGCGGAGUUGGUGGUAUCGGUGUUGGUGGGCUCGGCUUAGGCCAGGGCUUGGGCUACGGCGGCAUCGGCUUGGGAGGCCUCGGACAAGGAUUGGGACUCGGACUCGGAGGAGUUGGUGGUGGACUCGGCGUCGGUGGUGCUGGAGUCGGAGGCGUCGGCGUCGGCGGAGUUGGCGUCGGAGGUGUUGGCGGCGUUGGUGGAGUAGGACUUGGGAAUGGCGUCGGUCUUAUCCAUCCCGGCAUCGGUGGAUUUGGAGUUGGUGGUAUCGGCCUCGGCAACGGCUUGCUGUACCAUCCGCUCAUCGGACAACAAGUUGGCGGUGGAUAUGUAGACAAGAAUGCUUACGAUGCCGCUCAAAAGAAAGGUGCAGGUGAAAACUUAGAGAAAAUCGAGAAGAAAGCUGAGGAAGAAGUGAAACAUGGUCAGGAAGGUUUCCAGCAAGGAGCUGCUGCCGCUAAAGCUGAAAAGGGCGAGUCAAGCUUCUACAAGGAUGAAGAAGCAAAGAAGAAAGCCGCUGGUGAUGAAAAGUUCUACGAAGGCAACCAAAAAUUGGACAAACACGGGGCUAACGAGGAACAAGUGAAGAAAGCUAAGAGUCAUAAGAAAGGUCAUGUGAGCAAGGGUUUCAAGAGUUCCAGCAGUAAGAAUGAGGAAGAGAAAUCUGAGAGCUUCUACGACGAGGCUCAUGAUGAGGCAGAUCACAAGGUUGCUGGUCACAACGCUGGUUCCUUUGGCGAGAAUGCUCAGCAAGGCUUCAAGGGAGCUCAUGAGGAGAAGAUCUUGGAUGCCAACGCACAAGGAAAGGAAGGACAUCACGUGUCUCAACAGCACAUUGAUGACUCGAAGGCUAAUAAGGGAGAAUACCUUCAAAAGGGCUACAAGGGUGGUGCGGAAGUCCUGGAGAAGUUCAACAACCUCGGAGCUCACUCCGUGCAUGGUCACCAGGAAGCCACCGGCGGCUACCAGCAGAACAAGGGAAUCCUGCCCAUUCACCGCUAAAAACUGUUCCAUAUACAUGACGCGAAUAAACAUUUUUGAUGCUUCUUAA